AUGGCCAAAAGCGUCGCCAAAGUCGCAGUGGUGAUAUGCAGCAACAGAAAACCCCGUGCGAACCCCCAAAUCGCCAACUUUGUCCUGGAAGCCAUUGAAUCCACAUACCAAGACCGCUGGUCUCUCGAACCAUCAUUCAAAGUCAUUGAUCUCGCUGAGCGGAACCUCCCGUUCUUCGACGAGCCCGACGUCCCAUCCCAGAUCCAUGACUACACCAAGUACGCCCACGCCCACACCCGCGAAUGGAGUCAAGAAGUCCAAAGCUACGACGCCUUCAUCUUUGUCUGCCCACAGUACAAUUGGGGGUACCCUGCCGUUCUGAAGAACGCAAUCGACUACCUGUACAACGAGUGGAAAGGCAAACCGGCCAUGAUUGUCAGCUACGGAGGUCACGGCGGUGGCCGAGCAGCAGGCCAGCUCAGACAAGUUCUCUGCGGUGUGCACAUGAUCCCCACCAAGAAGCACGUCGAGUUGGCGUUUCCAAGCCGAAGUGUCCUGCUUGAAGCCGCGUACGGCAAAGAUCUUGGUCUUGAUGGGUUCAAUGCCAAAGGAACCUGGGCUUCUCAACGUAAAGAAAUCGGCGAUGUGUUUGCCGAAAUGAUGGAUCUCUUGACAAGCAAUAAAGUCGGAAAGGCUCUCAAGUCAGCAGCCGUCACGUUUGGGUAUGCGAAGGAGGAAUUGCGCAAGAAGUUCAAGAAGGGCUCGACGGCCGGGGAAGCGACUGGCCGAGGUGAGGCACGGAGUGAUGAUGAAUAA